CUUUGACACCCAGCUUAAUAAAAGCAGUCUGGAGGGGGGAAGCAGCAAACAUACAGAACUGAACACUGCUGCAGGAGACUGAAACAGAGCAGGGACAGUAAGUGAAAGUCACCAUGAUGUGGCUCGUGGCUUUCUUAGUCUGGCUGGCCAUAUGGGCCGGUGGCACAUACUGGUACCUAUUUGGGAAAAAAAGCCCUUUCUCCUUGGAGUCGGUGAGACCUCCAGGCCCUCGAGAGUUUGAUCAGAAGAAACGUGACAAAGUCAUCAAACAAGGUUUCAGCCUUGACAAAGUGCCCAAGAACCUGGAUGCCAUUGUGAUUGGGAGUGGUAUUGGUGGGCUGACAGCUGCAGCCACCCUAGCCAAAACAGGAAAGAAAGUCCUGGUUCUGGAACAGCACGACCAGGCAGGAGGCUGCUGCCACACCUACAUAGAGAAAGGCUUUGAGUUUGAUGUUGGGCUUCACUACAUAGGUCAGCUCCAUGAAAACAGUCUGUUGCGCAUCGCCUUUGACCAGAUCACUGAGGGUCAGCUCGAGUUCCAGGAGCUGAAUCAACACUUCGACACCAUCAAGAUUGGCCUGGACGAGGAGAAAAGAGAGUACACCAUCUUCUCUGGUAAAACUGAAAUGAAAGCCCAUCUACUAAAGCAAUUCCCGGAUGACACCGAAGCCAUCGAGAAGUUCUUCAAAAUCAUGAAGAUCUCUGCUAAGAAGACCCACUACCUGGCAACUCUGAAGCUGAUCCCUAAGUGGGUUGCCUUAUUCCUACUGAAGUCAGGCAUUGCAGACCUUGUCUCUCCAGUUUUCCGCCUCAGUGGAACAUGUGCAACAGAAUAUGUGAACACCCUGACCAAAAACAAGGAUCUUCAAGUCAUCUUUGCUUAUCUUUUCUAUGGGGUGCCUCCAAAGGACUCCAGUAUUAUGAUCAAUGCCCUCCUGAUUCAUCACUACAAACGAGGUGCCUACUACCCCAGAGGUGGAGCAAGUGAGAUCCCCUUCCACAUUAUCCGCACUAUUCAGAAGUAUGGAGGAAACUGCCUGGUCAGAGCUCCAGUCUCACAGAUCCUGGUUAAUGAGAAAGGAGCAGCUUAUGGUGUGAAAGUGAAGAAAGGUCAAGAGGAAGUGGAAGUUCAUGCACCUGUGGUUGUGUCAAACUGUGGCGUCUUCACCACCUUCCAGAAACUUCUUCCUCCUGAAAUUCGAGUAAAGCAAGAUAUCCAAGACCGACUGAACAUGAUGAAGCAUGGCAGAGGAUCAUUCUUGGUUUUCUCUGGCUUUGAUGGAUCUGAUGAAGAGUUGGGUCUCGAGUCCACCAACUUCUGGCUGUUCAAAAACAAUGACAUGGACAAGUCGAUGGAAGACUUCUUUGCAUUGAGUAAAGAGGAAGCGCCAGACAAUAUUCCCAUGAUGUUCAUCACAAUGCCAUCGUCUAAAGACCCAGAAGCCAAACUCAGACACCCUGGAAAAUCCUGCAUGACAAUACUGACGAUGGUGAACUAUGAAUGGUUUGAAGAAUGGAGCAACACCACAGUGCGCAAAAGGGGCGACGACUACUAUAACUACAAAAUGAGAUUUGCUAAUAACCUCUUUGACUGGGCCUGCACUUUGUUCCCUAAAAUUAAAGACAAGCUGGUUUUCCAGGACGUGGCAACCCCACUGAGCAACAUGCACUACCUUGGAGCCCAGCGAGGAGCCAUGUACUCUGCUGAACACAACCUCGACCGUUUCCAAGCUGAAGCUGUGGCAAGGAACAGAAGCGACACCCCGGUCAAAAACCUCUUUAUCUCUGGCCAAGACGUGUUCAGCUGUGGGAUAGCAGGCGCUCUGCAUGGUGGACUUCUCUGUGCCUCUACAGUGUUGGAUCACAUUGUCUACAUUGACUUGCUUUUCCUGAAGAAGAAGUUGAAGAAGAGGAAAGCCAAAGAGCUGGCUGAGCUGGCAAAGAAGAAGCUGCAGUAGGAGGGAUCACUACUUCCCCUGCAGGACAUUAGUAGAGCUACACAAGCCUGGUUUAAGAGACUCUUGGUGGUUGUGGGAAAAUUAAAGGGAUACACAGACACAUAGUCCUAAAUGUAUUAUAUUUUCUUAUGCUAAAGAAGGUCUAUGUGUAUUCAUACCAUAAGUGCACUUUUCUGUCAAUAACAAGAUCCAGAUUUUUGUUAUGUGUCCUUGAUCUGCAGUCACUACUGUGAUCUUUGCCAUCAUACUAUACUGACCCGUGUUCAGCAUUUAGUACGGUGACGUACAAGUGACUGCUUCAGACAUAAGUAUUAUGCCAAUACAUUUGACUGAUAAGCAACCAUAUGACUCUAAAUUGGUUAAAUAACUUUACUAAUAAAUACAAGACUACUGUGAUUAAGUUUAAUAUUAAACAGAGAAAGAGUUAGCAUAACAAUAAACACUGGUGCCAUUAAUCUACUCGAGGCUGCAGUUAUUUUUACUAAAUUUCAAACUAUCUCAAAGAAGAAGCCAAAAAUGACUGUACAGCAGGAUUGUCACAAAAUGUAGCAUCUAAUUUAGAAUUUUGUAAUAAAUGUUUGUAUAUAAGAGUGUAAUGAUGCUUUUGUAGGGCUUGCUGAUGCUGGAUGACUUGCUUUAUUCCAAUUGUAAUCCUGAUUAGCUCAUUAAAGAGCCAGCACAUUUAUAUUAAGUUAUAGAGGUUGAAAUAUUGCACUAGUUUGAUUAAAUAUGACUUUCAGAUUGAAUGUAAACAUGUUAGUGUGAAUUAAACUGUUAUUUUUUUCUUAAAGUUGGAGUAAAA